AUGCAACCAGUUGGUGAAGAGCAGGAUCACAACGUGAGGCAACUACUGCCUCCUCGAGUGUUCAAGGAGACAGCAGACCAUGACUCAACCCUAGUAGCCCCUAUGCUCUCGAUGGAGUCCAUAGCAUCAAAGGGUCUCAGAGACCUGGUCAAGAUCUUCCAGCCCUUAGACCAAGAGCUACAGGAGAUACAUACAAAGAAGCCUUUUGAGGUCAAGGACAACCUAUGGUACAGUGGAGAGCACCUGCAAUUCAUGGUGAUGACCCAAUGCCAUGACAGCAUCACUGCUGGACACAUGGGAAGAGAUGCUACCAUCAAGGCAGCCCAACAACAUUACUGGUGGCCAAACAUGACAGCUUGGAUUGCAGACUAUGUAGCAAGUUGUCCUGUAUGUGCUAGGUACAAAGCUCCUCGUCACCGUCCAUAUGGUUUGCUACAGCCACUAGCAACACCAGACAGGCCCUGGGGCUCCAUAUCCCUCGACUUCAUUGAAGGACUACCACCAUCAAAGAAGUAUGACUCCAAGACCUAUGACUCUAUCCUAGUCAUCGUCGACAGGUUAACCAAGUUUGCCAUACUAGCUCCAACCCAUAAGACAGUCACAGCCAAACAGACUGCAGUGUUGCUACAUGGACACAUGGUUAGACUCUUCAGCUACCCAGAUCACAUGGUCUUGGACCAAGGCAGGCAGUUCAUAUCAGGAGCAUGGAAGGCAUUCACAGAACAAAUGGGUGUGAAGCACUCACUUAGCAUGGCUUACCAUCCUCAAACUGAUGGUCAGACAGAGAGGGUCAAUCAGGUUGUAGAGCAGUACUUAAGGAUGUACUGCAACUAUGAGCAGAAUGACUGGGCCAACCUGCUGGACACUGCAGCCUUUGUAUACAACAACACAGUCCACAACAGCAUUGGAGUCAAUGACCCAGGUCACUUCAAGUACCUCAUGGAUGGGAAGGAGCGUUGCAAGUACCUCCAGGAGCAGAUCAGAGAAGCACAACAUAGAUCAGUAGACCAGUAUAACAGGAAGCACAAGGACAUCGAGUUCAAGGUGGGUGAUAUGGUCUAUAUCAACUGUCGAAACUGGAAGACAAGGAGACCCACACCCAAGUUAGAUACCCAAUUUGCAGGACCCUACCCAGUUCAGGAAUGGGUAGGAUGCCAAGCUUAUCAAAUCACAUUGCCAGCAAACCUUAGGGUGCAUGAUGUGUUCCAUGUCUCCAUGCUCAAACCAGCAAGAACAAGUUCUCUCCCUCAACAGGCUGAACAGCCCACUAUACCACCACUUCCAGAUGAGGAUCUUGACUUUGAAGUUGAGGCCCUCAUCGACAAGCAUUCACACAAUGGGACUACAGAGUACAAAGUGUUGUGGAGAGGGUACUCCAAAGAAGCUGCUUCAUGGGAACCAGUAGAGAACCUCAACUGCCCCGACCUCAUCCAGGAGUAUGAGGUGUCGGAGGGGGGACGAGCGAGUAGACAAAGUAGAGAGAGGAGGAGUCAGCAUGAACCAGACCAGAGCAUGCCUCGACGGAGCUCGGCUCUUAAGAGGGGGGUAGUGUCAUGGGCCUGA